AUGGCGCCAGCUGCCUUCCAGAUGGCAGAAGCUGUGGCCAGCUUCAUGGGCAUCAGUUCCAUCUCGACGACGACCGAUAUGGAAGCACGGCAGUCGCUUUCACCGCACCAAAGGGGACUAAGUUUCACCAAGAUUCCGACACAGUGCGCGGCCAAGUUUUCCUCGCCUUCGGCUUUAGACAAUUUGCAGCCAUCGCCUGCAGAGGCCUUGCAGGAGUUGGUGCGACUGGGUUUCGUCAAAGGACACCGGGGAAAGUGUCCUUCCUGCAAGGGAAAGUUGUCGGAGCCCGAGGAGUACCAAUACGAAGGGCACUUGUACGUGCGGUGCUGCGAUUGGAGGCGCCAACAAAGAUUCAACGUGACGUAUUUUUCUAUUUUCCAUGGCAGUCGCAUGAAGCUUCCGGACUUGCUCAAGCUGCUGGUCUUCUACGCCCGCUCCAACCGCUUGAAGAGCCCUAAGGUCAGCGAUGCAAUGUCAGUUUUGUGCUCAAAAAAGAAGCACAUGUUCGGACACUUGGAGGGCGAUGCGCACACCAUCCGGAAGGUCUAUGUUAGCAAGACAAACCCUGAGUUUCAAGAUGAGGUCCAAGAUGCUCUGCGGCGCUGGAAAGCCCAGAAGCCUGGCAAGCCCGAGCCGAAAUAUUGGCUUGGACACGUUCGCAUUGUUGGCAUCAAAGCCCGCGCUGCUGCUACAGUGGUUGUCGUUUUGCCGACUCGCCUUGUUCCUCCGGGCCCAAGUCCUCCAGUUGAGAGUUUCGUGGAAUUGAAGAACUCCGGUCUUGCAGGCCAUAUCAACACCGAUCGCGGGAGGCAAUCUUUGCUUCAUUCCGAUGGCGCUCAAGCUUGGCCUUGUUUGGUCUCGGCUCUAGGAAAGCCUUCUGUCACCAGUGAUCAUGUCAGCCACUCGAAGCAUGAGUUCGCCAGAACAGUUGCUGUGAAGCGACGGGCCAACAAAAGGCCGGCAGCCUACAUCACGGGAACUCAAUCCAUUGAUAGAUACUGGCAAACAGCACAAGAUUUUAUUCCGGCUACUUUGCAUGCCAAGCAUGCCAAGGAAGUCAACCCUGACUUGUAUAGGUACUUGUUUGCCUUCGUUUGGCGGUAUCAAUUGCCGCUUGCGCAGGACUUCAUCCAGGCUCUGGCUGACAUGUGCUGA